AAACACUGACAAGUGAACAGGAGCCUCUGUUGGAAAAGAUGAUUGAUAAUGGGCCUGGGUCCCCUGUUGUUGGUCUUCAUGCUGGGUCUGGGUCUGACCCCACCCACCCUGGCUCAGAAUGACUACAGGUUCACCUUCCUGACCCAGCACUCUGAUCUCCAACCAAGUGGCCAGGGUGACAGAUACUGAGAAAUCAAGAUAGUGAGAUGAGGCCUGGUUUCACCCUGCAAAGACAUCAACACCUAUAUUCCUGGCACCAAGAAAAAUAUCAGGGCCAUCUAUGAAGAUAAGAAUGGGGAACCUUACAGAGAAACCUUCAGAAAAAGCAUAUCAUCUUUCCAGGUCGCCACUUGCAAACACGUAAGACAUUCCUCCCAGCCUCCCUGCCAGUACAGAGCCACAGCAGGGUUCAGGGACAUUUUUGUUGCCUGUGAACAUGGCUUGCCUGUCCCCUUUAAUGAGUCCUUUUUCCAUCCAUAA